GGCAACCCACAUAGCUACCCAACAAAAAUGGACGACUACUCCAGCAAACAGCCUCAAGCAGAAAACCUCGACGAUCCUCCAAAUAGCCGACUCUUUCUCGUAACUAGUCGGUCUGUCUCAGAGGAUGUUAUACGUGAUCAUUUCUCUGUCUUCGGUGAUAUACAGGGGAUAUGGGUAGUGAAAGACAAGCAAACUAAAGAAUCAAAGGGGGUCUCCUACGUAAAAUUUGCCAAAUCGUCGCAGGCAUGCGGGGCCAUGGAGGAGAUGCACGGGAAAACGCUACAGGAAGGAACAAAACCAAUCAAGGUGUUCAUCGCUCAGUCCCGGUCAUCAGGGCGCCACCGAGACGUAGAAGAUGAGGAGCUCACGAGGAUCUUCGUGAUGAUCCCCAAGACUUUCUCCGAGGAAGACCUAAAGGACACGUUCAAGGAUUAUGGAGACAUUGAAUACUGUGUCAUCAUUAAAAACAAGAGCACGGGUGAGAGUAAGGGGUUGGGCUAUGUCCGCUACCACAAGCCCUCACAGGCCGCCGUAGCCAUAGAGAACUGUGACCGAGCCUACAGAGCGAUUCUGGCCGAGCCUCGCAGCAGAACCUCAGGGCCGGAGGUUGACUACAGUAGCGGCUCAAGAUCUGACCACAUGACCAGCGGAGACCUGACCAUGAACACAUACCCCUUUGCUUCCUCUGACCCUGGCAGCUACGGAGGUGACUACAGGAGCAGUGACAUCAUCACACGUUGCCUGAUGGUGUCAUCCAGGGCGGCGCUGACUCAGGAGCAGAUCUACGGCCUGUUUGACCUGAUCCCUGGGAUGGACUACUGUGAGCUGCAGAGAGACACCUAUGGACUCAGCAAAGGCCACACCGUGAUUCGCUACAACAACUUGGGUUCGGCUGUGUAUGCCAAGGAGAAGCUGAACGGAUUUGAGUACCCCCCCGGCAACCGUCUGGGAGUCACGCACAUUGACGACGGAGAGGACAGGACCAGUCCAGUGGGGAAGAUGGCAAUGCAGUUCGUGGCGGCCCAGAUGAUGUCGUCCGUGUGGAACAACCCCAGCAACCAGCAGCUGAAGAGUGGCUCUAGUUACCAACCAUGCCCGGCGCCGCGCGUGCAGACGGACGUUACGCUGCCGUCCCUCAAGAAGCUGGCGCCCUCCGACAGCCGGGUCAAAGAGCGCCUCUUCGUGGUGUUCAGCCCCGCCCCUCUGCCCGUGGAUGUACUGGAGGAUGUCUUCUGCCGGUUCGGUUCCCUAGUGGAGGUGCACCUGGUGCCAGGGAGGAAGGUGGGCUACAUGAAGUAUGCUGAGAAACAGAGCGCGGACGACGCCAUGGCGAUGCUGCACGGGCGCGUUGUGAACGGCGUGAGGAUGAAGGUGAUGCUGGCGGACCCGCCCAGGGAAGAGUCCCACAAGCGCCCCCGUACCUACUAGUCCAGCCAGACGGUCACAUGACCAAGGACGGACAUGACUGGACAGACGCUGACUGGACACGACCACAAACACACGACCGUACCACGACCACUGGACCGACCCAACUUCGACCCGACCCUGACUGCUGUACCUCUGUGUCUCUAACCUCUAACCGUCUCCUAGCCUCACCUAAUCCUGGAGGAUGUCUGUAUUGUCGGAGGUACAAUAUGAUUUGUUAUUAGAAUGGGUUCAUUAAAAGCUGGAAUGCUGGUUGUGAAAACAUUUGAGUUGCCUAAUAAAACU